AUGGCGUCUACCCACGUAACCGACUUUACCAAGGAGCUCGGCGACCUUGUCGAGGAAAGGACUGCGAUGAUCCAGAACUAUGUUGAUGAGGGCAAAGCCGCUUCCAGGGAUGAACUCGCCAAAUUUGUCUGGAGCACCGGCAAGAAGAUCUACAAACUGAUCAGCCCCACGAAGACAAGUCCUAAGCGCAAGGCUGCCUGGGAGAAUGCCAAGGGUAUGCUGAAGGAGAUCAUCGAGUUCGAAUUGUUCCACCCAGAAUCGUUCCACGGCCCGUGUGUAAAGCAUGUGUUGGAACCGAAGAUCCUGGAGGUGCUACAGAACUAUCACUAUUUCGUUCUCACCGGGAUGGUUCGAACUCGGCAUUUUCCUCCGAAGUUGCUUGGCGAGACGGACGAGCUCCUGUGUGUCGAUAAGCCCGUGAACUUCACCUGCGGGUACGGUGGCAACAUCAACAGCUCUUUGCCGAGAGUGUUUGGCGCGAAAACGCCGACCCAACUGCUGAACAGCAGCAAGGAUACUGUCCAGAUUCACGAGUACUUGGCCCUCAAGUUUGAUUAUGAGACGGCUCUCGGCACACGGGACUUUUGGGCUGAGGUGCUGCAGAAAGACCUGAAGAUUCAACCCUGCACAUGUGGAAAAUGUGCGAUAUGUGCUUGCAUGCAGGCUGGUUGUUGCAAUCGACUCGACAAGGAGACAUCCGGAGUGAUGGUGGCGGCCAAGACGAAGAAAGGUUUUCCUGAAAUCCGGAAGCAAUUCCAAAGCGAGCACAGCUUGGAGGAAGGAGGGACAGAGAAGUACUACUUUGCCCUGGUCCGCGGACAUGUCCAAAUUCCGACCAAGCUGGCAGAACCAACUCAGGACUGGAAGCAUGGGCCGUCAGACAGCCGCGAGCACGGUCGACGUGGCCGAAUUGAGAUUGCCAUGCGGUUCGAUCAGGGGCAAUGGAGAGCAGUUGCGUACAACGACGGGAAUCCCAAUCCUGAGCCCAAGGGCAAGGGAAAGGAGUUUAAGCAGAACGGACAUGGCAAAGGCAGUGCAGAUGGCGAGGAGGGCAGAGAACCAGGAGAGAUUCAAGGAAAACGGCUUCAUGCAGUCACAUUCUAUAAUCCUGUGGCUUGGUUUAUCGACAAAAAGCAAGAGCAGUUUACGCUGCUGCAUCUGCAGAUUGUGACCGGACGAACUCACCAGAUCAGGUUCCAUGUUAGUGCCAUUGGCUAUCCGAUCGUUGGAGACUGCACGUACGGCGCUCCGCAGUCAGAUCGAGACUGGGCCAAAAGGGUAUUCCUGCACUCCUAUGAGACUCGAUUUCGGGAGCCAUUCACCAAUCGAUGGUUCGAGGCAACAUCCCCGUUGCCACAAGAUCUGGGUCAAUUGCUCUGUGACCUGCAGUUGGAACGUACGAAGGAUGAAUGCCCAUUGUUUCUGUCUAGAAGGCAGCAUGCUGGCUUGAAGAUGAUCUUCAAGCAAUAUGAGGCAUCAACAAAGCUUUUGCUCUCCCGCGAUGCUCCUGCCAAUGCUUCAAAGAUUCUGGAAGCGGAAGCGCAUGAGUUCCAAGCCAAGAACAAACGACAGGCAAGCCAGGCUGGGCAUCAGACCUGGGGUUCCUCCUCAUCGUCAGGUUACUGGCAAGAGACAGACCACUGGAAGACGUCCUGGUCCUCGAAAUGGUCGCAUAACACGCCAUGGAGUUCGAACGACAGGUGGUCGCAAGCACCAAAGGAGGAAGAGGCUGAGUCAGACGACGAUGCCUGGGGCAAGUGGAAGGCUCCAAAAGAACCACCAAAAGAGCAGACCGAAGUUCAAGAACCGGAGGCAAAGAGACUGCGGCUAGCAGAGCAAAGUGGGCAGCCACCACCCGCAUCAACGACACAUGACAAGGUUCUUUUGGCUUGGAAAAGGAAGGAAUCGACCAGACAGGCUGGCGUGUUUUACUACAUCAACAUGGUGACCAACGAGACGCAGGUGGAACCUCCAGAGCCAUGGGUGAGGCAGCGAUCAAGACGAGAUCCAAGCAUCCACUUCUACUGGACUGCUGUUGGAAUGCAGAUGUCAGAUGACACUCGCCCGUGCGAACCUGUCUUGCGACACAUGGAUUGGACAAGGGCAAUGGGGAAUCACCAGCGAGAGGAGCAGCUUCGAGCAUUUCUUGCAGAAUAUCCCGCGGACGCUCGUCUGGACUUUGAUGUGGAAGGGCAGUGA